AUGAUGGUAGUGAUGGAAUGCAAGUGUGGUGAGGUGGGAUGGGUGAGAUGCAGAUGGAAUGAGAUGGGAUGGUGUGUUGGGCGCUUGAGAGGACAUGGGCGAGCUUGGAGAGAGCCUUUAAAUACAAAGAGGAUUAGGUUUAGGGUCAAAGGAAAGUCAAGGGGGAAGCAACAUUUUUCGGGUUUGACUUUGACUCCCCAGCUCGAUCGAGUUGAAGCUUGGCCGGUCGAGUUCCUCAACUCGACCGGUUGGUCGAGUGGACGGUCGAGCUGGUCUUCAAGAUGGCUUCUCCCUUCUUCCUUUGCGUAUCCAGUUGAGCUGCUUCCAUGUGCCAAGUCCCUCCAUGCUCCUUAUGUCCCAUAUGCUCCAGAAUGCUCCAAAAGACCUAAUUCAAAGGGCCAAACAUGCAUAUGUAUGCAAAUGCAACCUAAAACUAACAUGAAUGCAUAA